AUUGAUCACUCGUUUAAAAUUUUGUCUCAAAUUAUCCAGCAUCAUAGUUUUGAUUAGAAAAAUAGAAGAAUUUGUAUACAAAAUUUAAUUUUCAAUAUUGAUUAAAGUUUUAACAUAUUUUUAAUAAAAUUAUUCAAAGUAACACUCUCUAUGUAGUCAUGUCAUCAGGCUUGAAAAAUAUCAAGUAGGCACAAGCAGAAUUUUAGAAAUUUCAUUCUAGUCUAGAUUUUAGGUUAUGUUUGCAUUUAACCAAUAGUCAUUCUGCAUCUGCAUUGUAAUCAUGGCUACAGAACGUUAUAGUUUUUCAUUAACUACAUUCAGUCCCUCGGGAAAAUUGGUGCAGAUCGAAUAUGCCUUAGCAGCAGUGUCAGCUGGUGCACCGUCCGUAGGAAUAAAAGCUGUGAAUGGAAUAGUACUUGCAACUGAAAAUAAACAUAAAUCAAUUCUCUAUGAAGAACACAGUGUGCAUAAGGUUGAGAUGAUCACCGACCACAUUGGAAUGGUCUACAGUGGUAUGGGUCCCGAUUACAGAUUAUUGGUGAAGCGUGCGAGAAAAAUCGCCCAGCAAUACUUCCUUGUUUACAAGAAGCCAAUUCCGACCGCCCAGCUGGUCCAGCGUGUAGCCAUGGUUAUGCAGGAGUACACGCAGUCUGGUGGAGUACGCCCGUUUGGGGUGAGCCUGCUGGUGUGUGGCUGGGAAGAGGAUCGGCCCUAUCUGUUCCAGUGCGAUCCCUCGGGAGCCUACUUCGCCUGGAAGGCAACUGCUAUGGGAAAGAACUUCAUCAACGGAAAAACGUUUCUUGAAAAGAGAUACAGCGAAGACCUGGAGCUGGACGAUGCGGUGCACACAGCCAUUCUGACCUUGAAGGAGGGGUUUGAAGGUCAGAUGACAGCUGACAACAUUGAGGUGGGUGUGUGUGAUGCCACGGGGUUCCGCCGCCUAGACCCCGCCGCCGUCAAGGACUACCUUGCAAACAUCCCCUAGAUUAACGCUUCAAACACGCGCCACACGACAUUAUAAUUCAAUCUAAAUAAAGUUCACUUUGUCUUUUCUAAA